AUGGAGCGCGGCGGGCGGGGCGCGGGCGGGGCGCCGGCGGGCCGCGUGGAGGCGCCUGCGCUGCAGUUCGGAAAGAAGCGGCAGGGAGACAGGCCGAGCUCGGGUCUCACGGAGCGCGUGCAGCAGGCUCUGGCGCACGCUGGGAACGCUUCGCCCCAGGGCGAGGGCGGGCGCGAUGUUGACUGUAUUGGGGGCACUGGCAACCUCAUGAAGCAUCACGGUGGGUCGUUCGGGGGCUACAUGGACGCCAAGAACCAGAAGCUCCGUCUCCAGCUCGAGCGCGACCGCGGCGACCUCCUGGGCGUCACCCACGACGCGGACGACCUCUCGGCCAUCUUCCAGGGCGUCUGUAUCCACGUCAACGGCUUCACCGACCCAGGCCACCAGGAGCUCCGGCGCCUCAUGCUCAAGCACGGCGGGGCGUUCGAGCACUACUUCCACAACGACAGGGUGACGCACAUCAUCUGCACGCACCUCCCCGACGUCAAGUACCGCCAGGCGCUCGCCGUGCGCGCGCGCAGCCCGCCCAAGCUCGUCGCCCCCGCCUGGGUCGUGGAUUGCAUCGCCGCGGGCAAGCGCUUGCCGGAGGGGCCCUACAUGCACGAGCGGCUCGCCAUCGCGCCGGGCCAGGCGCGGCUCCGGUUCGACGCCGGCGCGGCGAGCGCGGUGCCGGAGGAGGGUGGGCGCGAGGAGGGGGCAGCGGGCGGCGCGGAGGGCGGCGCGGGGAACCGGGAGGCGCAGGAGGUGGCCCGGCAGGCGCGCGCGGAGUGCGACGUGCUGCGGAUGAAGCCGCGGUCGACGCGGGACGACCCGAACUUCGUGUCCACCUUCUACAAGGCGUCGCGGCUGCACUUCAUCGGCAGCUGGAAGGCGAGGAACGAGGCGCUGACGGCCAAGCUGGCCACGUCGGCGCCGGUGCCGCGCCGCGCAGUGCCCGGCGGCGCGCGCUCCAUCCUGCACGUGGACAUGGACUGCUUCUUCGCGUCGAUCGCGGCGCGCGGGCGGCCGGCGCUGCAGGGCGUCCCGCUCGCGGUGUGCCACAGCGACAACACCGCGGGCGGCGCGGAGAUCAGCAGCUGCAACUACGAGGCGCGCGCGUUCGGGAUCAAGGCCGGCAUGUGGAUGGCGAAGGCCAAGGAGCUGUGUCCGCGGCUGGUGGUGAUGCCGUACGAGUUCGACCGCUACCACGAGGCCUCGGACGCGAUGUACACGUGCUUGCUCAGGUACACCGCGGCGGUGCAGCCGGUGUCGUGCGACGAGGCGUUCCUGGACGUGACGGGCCUGGGCGACGCGGAGGACGUGGCGGCGCGGCUGCGUGCGGACAUCUUCGACGCGACGGGCUGCACGGCCAGCUGCGGCAUCGGCCCCAACAUGAUCUGCGCGCGGCUCGCCACGAAGGCCGCGAAGCCGAACGGCCAGCGCGCGCUGCUCCGCGAGGACGCCGCCGCGCAGCUCCAGGGCAUGCCUGUGAAGGACCUCCCGGGGGUGGGCUGGUCGACGGCGCAGCGGCUGCGCGAGCUGGGCAUCGAGACGUGCGGGGACGUGCGGGGGAAGACGACGCAGCGCGCGCUGCAGGAGCUGCUGGGUGCGAAGACGGGCGCGGAGCUGUGGGCGCACGCGGUGGGCGAGGACGACCGGGAGGUGCGGCCGCCGCAGCCGCGCAAGUCGAUCGGGGCGGAGUGCAGCUGGGGCGUGCGCCUGGACGGCGCCGAGGACGGCAAGACGUUCAUCGAGGGGCUGGCGGCCGAGGUGGCGCGCAGGCUGCGCGAGGCGGGCUGCGUGGCGGCCUCGAUCACCGUCAAGGUGAAGAAGCGGCGCCCCGGCGCACCCACGCCCCGGAAACAUCUCGGGCACGGCGUCGUCGACACAUUCUCGCGGUCGCAGGUCCUCGGCCGCGCCGUCAGCUCCCAGACCGACGUCUUCGAUGCGGCGUGGGAGGUGCUGCGCCAGAUGGGCAUGGACUGGACGCAGAUCCGCGGCAUCGGAAUCACCAUGCAGCGCCUCUCACGUCCCGCGGAGCAUCCGGGAGCGGCGUCCGGGCCGCUCGCUGCGGCGUUCGGCGCCGCCGGCGAAGCGUCGGGCGCUGCAGCGGCGGCGAGAGGUGUGGCUUCUCCGGCGCAGCAGGGGCGGCUCGAUAGCCCCGCGCUUGCCAGGAAGUCGAGGAAGCGGACGGUGACGCCGCCGUCGGCGGGGCGGGCGAAGCGCCCGGCGCGCAGGCAGCCGCCGGCGUCCGAGGUGGCGCUGCCGCCUGCGUCGCAGCUGGACCCGGCGGUGAUCGACUCGCUGCCGCUGCCGGUGAAGCGCGACCUGGAGAAGCAGUACGGGUUCCGGCUCGACGAGCUGAAGAAGGCCGCCGCGACGACCGCGCAGGUUCCGACAGCCGAAGCGGCGGCACGCGCGGGCGCGGCUGAGGUCGUCCGGGAGGGGGCCGUGAGCGACCGCUUUUGGCUGGCAGUGGGUGCGUUUGACGAGGCGGGCUUCGUCGACGCACUGCGGGUGAUGAGCGAGGCGGGCGUGAGGUCCGAGGCGGUCUGGCAGCUGGCGCAGGACCUGUGCGACUGGAACCUCGAGGGGAUGUGCCGGGUGCUGCGCAAGUGCGCCGCCGAGGGGCUCGUGGGGGUCGAGGUGCUGCGGGAGGUGGCGGAGCACGUGGCUGCGUGGUACGGGUGCGCGCGGCUGAACGUGCUCGACGGAGACGCGCCGCCGCAUGGCGCGGCCUGA